UCAGCUGUCUGUGCUCGAGUUCGUGGGGACCGAAACGUGACUCUACUUCGAUUGAUGGGCGUUCGAAAUUCACUCAAAAAUUAGGAGACACAAUGUCUUGGAAGGCUGCGACUUACGUCGACCUCCAGGAACCGGACUUGAGAUCUCCGCUGGUACCGGUGGGUACACAUCCCCUGGCUGGCAAUUUAUCCCCUCUCCGAAGCAAGGUGAUUUCGCAGAGCUCCGAAGAAAAGUCUGUCAGGGAAGAGAGUUCGGUAUCCGAGACCAAAGAAGAAGUUAUUUGGGAUCCGUUAUCAGCCUUCGCUGGUGAGAACGCACCGGACCAGGAUGAUGCCGUUCUCGUCGACAAGGAUAGGAUCAUGGAUACCUGGGCAAGCAAGAAAGCCGGAGUAUUGUCCAGAUUCGGUUCCGGAUCCGAGAGACUUUCUCUGGCGUCGUCGUAUCUUUCAGGGGAGAUGCCUUCCCCAGUCACUUCUACCGCUAGGCACGAACAAUUGGACACAUUCGAUGAGGGCACCGUCAAAGAGUUGAAGAAUCUCUCGGUGCAGGAAUAUACGCAGAGAAUAAUAGAGCUCCGGGGCGCAAUGGUCUCGGCAUGGCAUCGCGAUGAGAAGGUGAAUGCGCUGAAGAUCGUCAUUCAGUGUGCCAAGCUGUUGGUGGACGCGGACAACUCCGUUCGUUUCUACCCGGCGAAAUUUGUAUUGAUCGUGGAUGUCAUCGACAUGUUCGGUGAGCUCGUUUACGAACGCUUGCACGUCAAACAUCAAGAAAACACCGAAAAAGCCGCAGAGACCGCUCGCAACUGGUUUUACAAGAUAGCAUCGAUAAGAGAACUCAUCCCAAGAUUUUAUGUCGAAGCCUGCAUCCUCCAGUCCUACAGAUUCCUCGAAACGAAGGGUGUUCAAAUGCAACGUUCUCUGUUGCGUUUAGCAAAAACGAUAGCCGGCAUUGGUGAUCCCUUGGUCGCUGCUUACGCCAGAUGUUACCUCGCUCGGAUCGGGACUCGCAUCGCUCCGAACUCCAGAGAGCAUUUGUCCGAGAUGAUGUAUGGUCUCCUUAUCACGUACAAGCAACUCGAGGGAUCCGUCAUCGAAGAACGACUGAAGUCCGAUCUCGUCGAUCUUCCGUCAUACUACUCAUUGUUCACCCCUGCCUUGGAAUUUCUGCUGCAGUGCGUGACGCAAACCGCGUCCGAGAAACAACUAGCGGACCUUUUGAACAAAUGUACCCAGAGGAACUCGGCCCUUUUAUUGAAUUCACUUCUGACAGCCCUGCGACCUCAAUUCGUGGCGCAAAGGGCGGAAAUACUCGUGGAAAAAAUUCACGAGUCCGACACAGUCACCACCCCUCGCUGCCAACUCUAUAGAAGCUUAGGUUUAUGUCUUAUGGUCGAGGAUCCUCCUGAAGGCGUUCGCGUCAAGGUUCUGAAUCAAGUGUGGAAGAAUGUUGCUCGUUUUAAAAACCCAGCGGAUUAUAUGUCCUGUGCGGAGGUCUGGGUUGACUACGUUUGUCGUCACAUGGACUUCACGGAUAUCAAUACGUUCCUCGCCGUAACGAUCAAGCAAGUGAGCGUGGACCGCGCCUACGAGCGACACCAGAGUCAGCUGUACGCCGUCCUCGACAGAAUAGCGUCAAAUGUUCAGGACCUGGUCGCUUUGUUCAACAUGGACCGUUUACUGCCGCUGUUGGAUCUAAUUCAAAAAGAUCCGUUCCGUACGGACGCGUGCCGAUGUCUCCUGGAAAUGUUCACGAGACACCAAAAGAGCCCUACUAGCGAUACGGCUAUCGUAUCUUCCCUCAUGCACGUUUCGAAAACCAUGUUGUCGUCUGUGAACGCGCUGACGCUCGAGGACUCGAGGAAAUCGCUCGCCAACAUAGUGUGUCGGUUCCUGAAUUUGGUCGAAUACAACGAUGUGGAAGCCCAGUUGGCGUUUUACAUCGACGCACGAGCAGCUCUCGCAGCUCUGAAUGAUAUUUUGAUCCACUUGAUACACUCCGUCAAUCGACUCGCGGUCAAACUCGAGAAAAAUAGCCAUGGCCACCACUCUCGCAAAAGUACUGCUCAGGCCAAGGCCUGCCUGGCCUAUUGUCUGGUCACGAUUCCAUCGGUCUCGGAUGUCACGAUGAGGUUCAAGCUCUAUAUGGAAUCGGCGAGCGUAGCUUUGAAGAGUCAGUGCUAUGCUCACGCUGAUGAUUGUUAUAACGCUGCACUCGAUAUCCUCCCAAGCAUCCCAGAGAAAGACCUGUAUUCCUGUGUCACUUCCUUGAUCGGUCAACUAGUCUAUUCGCCCGAUGAUCCGCGAGAGGAUCCCUUGAUUAUUUUCGGGCAGCUGCUUCAAACAAUCGACGAUUAUGGGUUUGAUCCGCAUGCUGACGUCAAAGCCAGAAUAUGGAUUGCGAUGCUCCGUGUUCUAUCGCGAAUGACGAAUCCGUGGAUGGAAGAGGUGCAACAAGAGUGUAACGACACUAUCUACGGCGGCGACGAGAGGUACGUGGAAACGGUCGAGAAGGUCGCCUCCUCGAUUCUCACCAAGCUGAUCGACUACAUUGCCUUACUGAGAGAUUCGAAAUUAUACAAGCGGCAAGGAAUUCUCCUCAUCGAGCUCAUGUAUGCCAUCGCGAGUCACGGUGGCUUGAACGAGCACGCUCACAUGCAGAAUCUCUUCGUGAAACUCUGGUGCCUCACGGGAAAUCUGAGCUGCAUACCGCCGCAGGCCAUGGUGUCGCUGAAACAUUAUGUCGAGAUGCGAUCCACCACCAAAGAUCUAAUCGCCAAACUCACUUGA